GGGAGACGGGGCUGUCGUAGGAUGCGCUCCCGCUGGACGCCGGCGCACUCUGAAUAUCAUGCUGCCGCACACGCGGGGCUGAAGGGCCGAGUCUUCACCUGCGCGGGGAUGCGGCGGAAGCGUCGCGUCUUCGCGAGUGGAGGUUUCGUGUUCCCGCGGGGUUGGUGUGUUUUUGAACUUCACGAGCUUCUCAUCCCCCCCGCAAUCCUGGUUUUAGCAGAUGUCGGGGUUUUGGAGACCUGACACUUUUCGUGAAAGAUUCUUUCUGGAGCCCCCUAAUGAAAGUCUUCAGUAAAUAGUUUUUCUGCAUGCACUGAUUUUCCUGAGGCCAUUGUGGAGAGAGGUAUCUGUGGGCUUGUGAAGCUGCUCUGCCACACCAGUAAGGAUCAGGGAAAGAAAAUACUUAGGCCACACCGUUGCAGUCUUUGAUUGCAUGCCAGUCUGAAGCAUUUUAUGGACCCGUUUUGCCAUAGCUCUUCAGAACCCAGGCUGCUUUCAGGAACAUUGCUGUGGAUUCCCAGUUCAAGCAAAGUGAUGUAAUACCCAAGAACAGGAAAGUAAACCUAAGAGCAUUAAUGGGUUUCAGAGAAACGAAAGUGAAACUUUAUUACUGCCUACACAAUCAAACAGGAGGGAGAAAGGAGACAAGCAAGUCAGAAAGCGAUUUGAUAGGGCCUAUUCCACUAGAAGCAAGAUGGCUGAACUCAAUACUCAUGUGAAUGUCAAGGAAAAGAUCUAUGCAGUUAGAUCAGUUGUUCCCAACAAAAGCAAUAAUGAAAUAGUCCUGGUGCUCCAACAGUUUGAUUUUAAUGUGGAUAAAGCCGUGCAAGCCUUUGUGGAUGGCAGUGCAAUUCAAGUUCUAAAAGAAUGGAAUAUGACAGGAAAAAAGAAGAACAAUAAAAGAAAAAGAAGCAAGUCCAAGCAGCAUCAAGGCAACAAAGAUGCUAAAGACAAGGUGGAGAGGCCUGAGGCAGGGCCCCUGCAGCCGCAGCCACCACAGAUUCAAAACGGCCCCAUGAAUGGCUGCGAGAAGGACAGCUCGUCCACAGAUUCUGCUAACGAAAAACCAGCCCUUAUCCCUCGUGAGAAAAAGAUCUCAAUACUUGAGGAACCUUCAAAGGCACUUCGUGGGGUCACAGAAGACAACAGACUACUGCAACAGAAACUAUCCUUAGAUGGGAACCCCAAACCUAUACAUGGAACAACAGAGAGGUCAGAUGGCCUACAGUGGUCAGCUGAGCAGCCUUGUAACCCAAGCAAGCCUAAGGCAAAAACAUCUCCUGUUAAGUCCAAUACCCCUGCAGCUCAUCUUGAAAUAAAGCCAGAUGAGUUGGCAAAGAAAAGAGGCCCAAAUAUUGAGAAAUCAGUGAAGGAUUUGCAACGCUGCACCGUUUCUCUAACUAGAUAUCGCGUCAUGAUUAAGGAAGAAGUGGAUAGUUCCGUGAAGAAGAUCAAAGCUGCCUUUGCUGAAUUACACAACUGCAUCAUUGACAAAGAAGUUUCAUUAAUGGCAGAAAUGGAUAAAGUUAAAGAAGAAGCCAUGGAAAUCCUGACUGCUCGUCAGAAGAAAGCAGAAGAACUAAAGAGACUCACUGACCUUGCCAGUCAGAUGGCAGAGAUGCAGCUGGCCGAACUCAGGGCAGAAAUUAAGCACUUUGUCAGCGAGCGUAAAUAUGACGAGGAGCUCGGGAAAGCUGCCCGGUUUUCCUGUGACAUCGAACAGCUGAAGGCCCAAAUCAUGCUCUGCGGAGAAAUUACACAUCCAAAGAACAACUAUUCCUCAAGAACUCCCUGCAGCUCCCUGCUGCCUCUGCUGAAUGCGCACGCAGCAACCUCUGGGAAACAGAGUAACUUUUCCCGAAAAUCAUCCACUCACAAUAAGCCCUCUGAAGGCAAAGCGGCAAACCCCAAAAUGGUGAGCAGUCUCCCCAGCACCGCCGACCCCUCUCACCAGACCAUGCCGGCCAACAAGCAGAACGGAUCUUCUAACCAAAGACGGAGAUUUAAUCCACAGUAUCAUAACAACAGGCUAAAUGGGCCUGCCAAGUCGCAGGGCAGUGGGAAUGAAGCCGAGCCACUGGGAAAGGGCAACAGCCGCCACGAACACAGAAGACAGCCGCACAACGGCUUCCGGCCCAAAAACAAAGGCGGUGCCAAAAAUCAAGAGGCUUCCUUGGGGAUGAAGACCCCCGAGGCCCCGGCCCAUUCUGAAAAGCCCCGGCGAAGGCAGCACGCUGCAGACACCUCGGAGGCCAGGCCCUUCCGGGGUAGUGUCGGUAGGGUUUCACAGUGCAAUCUCUGCCCCACGAGAAUAGAAGUUUCCACAGAUGCAGCAGUUCUCUCAGUCCCGGCUGUGACGUUGGUGGCCUGAGCUAGGAGGAAAAAGAGCAGUUUUCACUCAGUUUUGGUUCCCUGCCCGAGGUGCUGACCCAAUUCGCUGCCAAAAGAGUGUCAAUCAGAAUAUACAAAUCCCGUAUGGUUGUGUCAUCCUCUCUUAAUCAUUUUUACUAAUUCUAAUAAUCAGCUCUAGCUUGCUUCAUAAUUUUCAUGGCUUUGCUUGAUCUGUUGAUGCUUUCUCUUAUCAAGACUUUGCAGCAUUUUAGCCAGGCAGUAUUUACUCAUUAUUAGGAAAAUCAAGAUGUGGCUGAAGAUCAGAGGCUCAGUUAGCAACCUAUGUUGUAGCAGUGAUGUCAGUCCAUUGAUUGUCUUUAGAGAGUUAAUGUUACAAAAAAGAAUUCUUAAUAAUCAGACAAACAUGAUCUGCUGAGGACACAUGCGCUUUUGUAGAAUUUAACAUCUGGUGUUUUUCUGAAAAAAUAUAUAUACAUAUAUUGCUUUAUUUGAAACAAAUUAAAAUAUGCUGCAUUUGA